AUGGGUUCAACUCCCAUCCCAGAUCCCACGCAUCGCAAGCGCGAACUCCCCCAGAAUGAACUUGAAGCCUCUUCGCACCUGAAGCUUGGUGAAUUCCAAAAUGUCCCUACGCUCUCUCUUUCUGAGGCGCGUUUGGUCAUCAACAAAGUGCUUGAUCUGAGAAAGAAAUCUAAUAAUAAAUACGAGGAGAGGGAGACCCUGAUAAAAACUCAGGACUAUCUCGAAGUAUUUGCGCGUUUCAAGGAGAAGGAAAAUAUUGAAGCCGUUGAGCGGUUACUCUCCGCGCACACGGAGCUAGAGUUCUUUGAGAGAUCUCAGCUAGGUAGUUUAUGUUGCGAUAAUGCCGAGGAAGCGAAGGCUCUUAUUCCCAGUAUUGGAAAUAAAAUAUCGGACCACGAUUUGCAGGAGCUAUUAGACGAGCUGACGAAACUGAGAAAUUUCGUUGAAUAA